CAAUAUACCCGCGACAAUUAUCUCCUUCCAUAGUCUCGAAAAACCCAAGGUCGUCCAGGUCUCAUGAUGGUUAAAUAAAGCAAGUUUUGCUGGAGAUUUUCGAAGUGACUGGAGGAAGGAGCUUGGCAGGGACAUUUCAAAGUCAUGGAAACAUCUCAGCUCCCCAAAACGUGGCAGGACCAGGUGAGGUGCGGUGCACGAGGAUGGGGCGAGGCAGCGAAGGGCGGGGCGGACUGGGAGGGAGGCGGGGCGGAGCGUGCAGCCAGGUGAAGCAGGGCGAGUUCCAUCACGCGGCAGCCUGGCGGCCUACCCGCCUCCCCUGACCUUCCUUCGGUCCAGGGCCUCAGUGCUCGGUGUCCCCGCUGGCUAGUCAGCGGGCCCCAGCCCCUGUCUUUCCGACCACUACGCCCUACUGCCCGCAGGCAGGCAGGAGGAUGACGGAGCUGCAGUCAGCGUUGCUCCUGAGAAGACAGCUGACAGAGCUCAACAAAAACCCUGUAGAAGGCUUCUCCGCAGGAUUAAUAGACGGCAAUGAUCUCUACCGAUGGGAGGUGCUCAUCAUUGGUCCUCCAGACACCCUUUACGAAGGUGGCGUUUUCAAAGCUCAUCUCACUUUCCCCAAAGAUUAUCCACUGCGACCUCCAGAAAUGAAAUUCAUCACCGAAAUCUGGCACCCAAAUGUUGACAAAAACGGGGACGUGUGCAUUUCCAUUCUUCACGAACCGGGAGAGGACAAAUAUGGCUAUGAAAAACCCGAAGAACGCUGGCUGCCCAUUCACACCGUGGAAACUAUCAUGAUCAGUGUCAUUUCUAUGUUGGCAGAUCCUAAUGGAGACUCGCCAGCCAAUGUGGACGCAGCCAAAGAAUGGAGGGAAGACCGAAAUGGAGAAUUCAAAAGGAAAGUUGCCCGCUGUGUAAGAAGAAGCCAGGAAACUGCUUUUGAGUGACGUUUGCUUAGCCACCAGUAGCUUCGCUGUUCAAGGUCUCCAGUUGAGAAAUACUAUUCUCAUCUAUUUAUUGCUGGACUAUUGUAGCAACAUGCCAUACACUGGCAGAGACUUGGCUGCUGUGAAACGUGCCAGUUAUCGAUGCUUACAAGAGACUAAGAAAUACCAACUUAAGGACGAUUACAUAUUCUAAUGAAUUCUAAUGAACUGCUUUAACCUUCAUGAAGAAUUGUUUUUUAAAAAAAAUGUACAUUGAUACUGUUCAUGUACAUCCUGAAUACAUAAUGUACCAAAUGGUGCUUCUUGUAGUUAGGAUAAAACUGUACAUUCUAAAGAUUUUAGCAGGUUUUCUUUCCCUUUCCCUAUUGUUUCUAUAUCAGUUUAAAGAGACUCUUAAAGCAUGUCAGAUAUAAACCAAUUAGGAUUAAAGUUGUCCAUUUAAUUUUCCUUUAAACCAUUGACGCUUCAUUAAAAUCUUUCAUUUACUAGAAUUUUGUAUUUUCUUUGUUUGGAAACAUUCUUCUUCACUGUUACAUCUUGCUCUGACAGAAAGUUUAAUGAUAGCUUGAAAGGGAUAGUCAUCAAUAAGCUUCUUCCGUUUUUGUAAUCCAAAUGCAUGGAUCUUUUGGAUUGUAGCAAGAGCUCUAGAACUCACUUUUUGCUGCUUCUAAAGUCAUCUGGAUGAAAUUCACCCAAGUUUUUUUUUUUUCCCCUUGCUUGUAUUUUGCCUUCCAACACUGAAGAACUGGCAGAUGAAAGUGCUGAACAAUUGUCAGUGAUAUUUUAAAGAUUGUGGAGAACAGAAGAGGUACUAUAGGACUGGAAAAGGGGACAUGUCCAGAUUUUCAAAAAAGGAAAGAGAAUGGAUUCUCCAAACUAUAGGCCAAUGAGCUUGACUUCAAUUCCUGGCAAAAUUCUAGAAUGUAUUAUUAAAGAAAUGGUUAGUGAACAUCUCCCAGGAUGUGAUGGUCAAAAAGAACAAGCAUGGCUUCAUCAAGAACAGAUUGUGCCAGACUAACCUUAUGUCCUUUUUUGACAGUGCAUUGACUGAUGUAUCAGAGGGAAAAUGAUAAAUAUUGUUUAACUAUAUUAUAGUAAAGGGUUUGAUAAUAUUUCUUGUGCUUUUAUCAUGGAAAGGAUAGUGAGAUAUAGACUAAAAGACAGUAUAUUUAGAUAUAUUUGAAACUGAUUAAAUUAUGGGACUCAAAGAGGAACCAUUAAUGGUGUAAUUCCAACUUGGAAGCAGGUCUCCAGGGGAGUACUUGGCUUUGUUUUUAACAUUUUUAUCACUGAAUUAAAUAAAAACCUAGGUUAUAUGCUUACAAAAUUUGCAGAUGGUACAAAACUAGAUUGGCUAACAUGCUAACAAGAUCCAAAAAUAUCUCGACAGGGAGGAAAAUUGAGAUGAAUUUAAUAACAUGAAAUUUAAUAAGGAUGAAUGUAAAGUUUUACAUGCUUGGUUUCAGGAAAUUGACUUCAUAAGUAUAAGAUGGGGGAGGUGUUGCUAGCAAAAGAUCUAAAGAUUUUAGCAGGCAGUAAUCUUAAUAUGCAUUCAAAGUGUGAUAAUAGUCAUAAAAAGCAAAUAUUAUAUUGGGUUGCAUUAAAAGAGGAAUAACUAAUAGAAAUUGGGAUGUGAUUGCUCUGAUAUAUACUACCUUAGUCAGACCACAUCUGGAGUAAUAUAUUUGAUAUAGCACUUUAGAACAUUAAAGAGUGGUUGGAGGAAAGCAACCAAAAUGUUGAAGACCCUUGAGUUCAUAUCAUAUGAAUAUCAAUUUUAAAAAAAAUUAGAAAUACUUAAUGUGGAGAAGUAGAGAAGAGAAAGGUUAGGAGGAACAUGAUAGCUUUCUUUCAAUAUGGAAAAGCAGUUAAAGAGAACAGACCUGUUCUCUUUGACCUUAGAGUGGGUGAUUACAAAGAGAUUUGUUAGGGUUACUAUAAGGAAACAACUUACAAUCAAUUAGAGCUCUCCCAAAAUAGAAUGGACCACCUCAAAAAGCAGUGGUUUUCUACUCACUGGAUGCUUUGAAAUGAAGGUUGGAUGACCUACCUCUUGUUGGGGAUACGAUGGUUGGGAAUUCUGUUUUUGUUUGUUUGAUUGAUUGACUUGGAAUAGAUGGUGCUAAUAUCCUUCCAACUGAUUGAUCAGUCCCAAUUUAUACUGUUCUUACAUACACAAGGUCUUUAUAAUUCAAACCUUCAAACCAAUAAAUUCUGUUUAUAAUUAA